GACAUUGCAACAGUUACGGAAAAGCCAUUCGACACUGACACUGACACUGACAAAUGCUGAUGUCCGGUAAUAAUUCUAGUUUUGAACAGGAAAACCCGUGUAAUGAUUCAGGGUCUAGUUUUAAACCAUUAGAUACUGAUGUACAAUCGGAUUCAUCCUCAGACGACUUACCAUUAGCAAGACUAAUAAUAGACAAAAGACCCAAGUGCGAUCUUUUAAAACCUAAAAAAAGUAGUAGUAAAAGGCAAUGUAAUUUGAUAGGCGAAGAAGAUAGACAACAGAUGUUUCAACGAUUUUUGUUUGAAAUGGACUGGAAACAACGUAAAACUUUUGUUGCAGCAAUGGUUACGAAAUCUGAAACAAAGCAGAAGACUACUAAACAAAAAUCAAGAAGACAAACAACGUUCUCUUAUCACUUACGAAUUGGUGAAAAUUUAUUUGCAGUUUGUAAGAAACUAUUCCUUUCAACUUUAGGAUUGAAUGAGUGGAGCGUCAGUAACUGGGUAAGGAAUAGUAAUGCUGGUAUACCGAAUAUUAUUGAAAAAUAUCAGGAAAAAACGGCUUCUACCAGUAAAUUAUAUCUAGAACCAAUAUUUAGAUCAUACUCUGAAGUUUAUGAAAUUUACAAUAAAGAAGUUGAAAGUCCUAGUGGUAAAGAUGUUUUCGUGGCGGAAAUUAAGAAAUUAAACAUCGAUAUCUUUCACCCAAGCAAGGAUCAAUGUGAUCUCUGUUUUUCUAAUAAAUUGAGUCAUGGUGAUAAUGAAACCUAUAAUAUACACAUUGAAGAAAAAAAUAAAGCAAGAAGAGAGAAAGAAAAAGAUAAGGAGGAUUCCGUUGCCGAAAACGCUGUGACUGCAUUUACUGUCGAUGUACAAGCCGUGCUGCUCGUACCACAAUUGCAUGCAAGCAUGCUUUAUUUUAAACAAAAAUUAGCAUGUCACAACUAUACGAUUUAUAACAUAGCCACAAAAGCCGUGGUUUGUUACGUCUGGCAUGACGGCGAAGCGAAGGUGGCAUGGAAAGCAACUGUUUUGCGACAUGUUUAG